GCUGGUGAGUGGCUAGUUGAGUGUGUGCGCCUGGCCGGAUGUGGCAGAACCGGAGUGACGUCUGGCCGAGACUCCGCCCCCUUCUUUCCAGCGCGGAGACUCAGGCUGCGGAAGCUCCGGCCAAUCAGAGGGGAGGCCCAGGAUGGCACGGUGAUGGCGUGUACCAGAGGUCUGACAAGAUGUACCAGAUUCCACUGACGCUGGACCGGGAUGGGACCCUAGUCCGGCUCCGCUUCACCAUGGUGGCCCUGGUCACAGUCUGCUGUCCACUUGUGGCCUUCUUCUUCUGCAUCCUCUGGUCUCUGCUCUUCCACUUCAAGGAGACAACAUCUACACACUGUGGGGCCCCAAGUUGUGUCCCUUGCCUUGCUUGGACCACUUCUUACAGGAUGUUCUCUGCGCCCUUGGAUCCCGAUGGGACCGUGUUCCGGCUCCGCUUCACAGCCUUUGUCUGGUGGGUCAUCACUUUCCCCCUGUUCGGCUUCUUCUUCUGCAUCAUCUGGUCUCUGGUGUUCCACUUUGAGUACACGGUGGCCACUGACUGUGGGGUGCCCAAUUACCUACCGUCUGUGAGCUCGGCCAUUGGCGGGGAGGUGCCCCAGCGCUAUGUGUGGCGCUUCUGCAUCGGCUUGCACUCGGCGCCACGCUUCUUGGCGGCCUUUGCCUACUGGAACCACUACCUCAGCUGUGCAUCUCCGUGUCCUGGCUACCGCCUCCUCUGCCGCCUCAACUUCAGCCUCAACGUGGUGGAGAACAUCGCACUGCUCGUACUCACCUAUGUCUCCUCCUCCGAGGACUUCACCAUCCACGAAAAUGCUUUCAUUGUGUUUAUCGCGGCAUCCCUCAGUUACAUGCUCCUCACCUGCAUUCUCUGGCGGCUGACCAAGAAGCACACAGUAAGUCAAGAGGAUCGCAAGUCCUACAGCUGGAAACAACGGCUCUUCAUCAUCAACUUUGUCUCCUUCUUCUCGGCGCUGGCUGUCUACUUUCGGCACAACAUGUAUUGUGAGGCUGGAGUGUAUACCAUCUUUGCCAUCUUGGAGUACACUGUUGUCCUUACCAACAUGGCAUUCCACAUGACAGCCUGGUGGGACUUCGGGAACAAAGAACUGCUCGUUACCUCUCAGCCCGAGGAAAAGAGAUUCUAAACCCUUCUCUGAUGCUGGAAAGAGGCAGUCCACAGCCCAGAAACAAGAAAGCACUCUGGCCUUCCCUUUCUCCAUUUUCUCUGGGCCCUUCUGAAGCUGGGGAUGGGGGAAGGACAGGAGAGUAUAUGACAAGGCUGACCCCCUGCCCCCACCCCAGCACUUGCUGGCUUCUGAAACCUCACAAGCCCAGGGGUCUUCAAGAAACAUCACCAUUAAGUGAGAGGCCCCAAAAACUGCAUGGGCAGGAAAGCUCCACCGCUUGGUGCUAAACAAAAGUCCUGAGGUUCAUAACCAUCCAGUUUUUGGCCUUUAUGUAGCCAUUUUUCAAUGAGGACAGGGACCACUGAGCAGUGGCUGCUUCCUGAAAACCACAGCUGCUUCUCUCUAGGUCACUCAUUUGACAUGUCUAGUGGUCCGUUGCACACACCCAGGCCCGUGACUGUAACUCUGAAUUUACCCAGGUGUUCUAGUUCCUAUGUCACCUCUUUGAUCUGGGGUGACUCUGAAUGUGUACCCUUUCCCAUCCUCAGUGUGUUUUAUGAUUUCCAAGGGCUUUGCCAGUGUCCCUGAGGUUUUCUGAUGGAAGUAGUGUUCUGUACCUGAAAGAUGGCUUAUCCUAGAAGCAACAUCAAGCAUAGCAUAUAUUCCCUUCCUGUUUAAACAUUACUGGUUUUCUGGGCAUGAUGGACCAUGCCUAUAAUCCCAGCAUAUGGGAAGCUGAGGCAAGAGAAUAAUCCAAGUUCUAGGCCAGACUGGGCUUUAUAGUGAGAUCUGUCUCAAAAAAAUGAAAAUGCUGGGUAUGUUGGUGCAUACCUUCAACCCCAGUCCCCUAGAGGCAGGGGAAAGAGGAUCUCUGUGAGAUUGACGCCAGCCUGGUUUACAUAGUGAAUUCCAGGCCAGCCAGGGCUACAAAAUGAG